AACAUUUCUCUCUCUCUCUGUGUUUUUAAAAAAAUAAAAAGAUUAAAAAAAAAAUUGGACAUAUAAGAAGUCAACAAAAGUCAUCUGAUAAUAAACAAAGUGAUUCGGAGUCGGAGAUGGAGGAGGUGAGCGCAGGGGCAGGGGCAGGGAGCGGAGCGACGACAGCAACAGCAACAACACCGUCCUUCUUGUUGCUCCCUUGGAAUCUCCCUCUCUUGUCAGCCAUCCUCGCCGGCGCUCUCGCCCAGUUCCUCAAGCUCUUCACCACCUGGUAUAAAGAAAGGAGAUGGGAUACCAAAAAGAUGCUUGAUUCUGGUGGAAUGCCUUCAUCCCAUUCUGCAACCGUCACUGCUCUUGCGUUUUCUAUAGGUCUCCAUGAGGGAACUGGGGGAUCCACUUUUGCCAUUGCUGUCGUCUUAGCAUGUGUUGUGAUGUAUGAUGCCACGGGGGUCAGACUUCAUGCUGGUCGUCAAGCAGAAUUGCUGAAUCAAAUUGUGUGUGAACUUCCUUCAGAACAUCCUUUAUCCAACAUAAGACCUCUACGAGAUUCACUAGGGCAUACUCCACUUCAGGUUGUUGCUGGUGCUGUGUUGGGAUGCAUAAUAGCAUAUCUGAUGGGAAAUUCGAAAUAGGAUAUCAAAUGACCAAUAUUAUUUCCCUUGUCACGAAUUUGGAUACAUGUAAACUGCAUACUUGUAAUCUGGUUACUCUUAUAGUGAAACUACUUUGUUCAUGGACUCUUAUUCAGCUUUA